AUGUGCGCGCGAUUCACCGAAUUCCUGCUAUCACCCGUGUAUUAUAUUUGCUUUCCGCAGCUCGGGGAAUGCGUUAGCGAGGCCGCGGCAGCGUUCCCCAACGUCAGCAACACCUACGUCAACCUCACGAGCGAGCAGCUCGCACAAUUGUUCAUCAACACCACCGCCUGCGUACUGGCGAAGACCCGCUGCUCCUACGUGAACCCGGUCACCGGCGAGCUACAGGAUGAUGACAUCGUCAACAAGUUGCAGCUACCCUCGCUGAACGCCGUCCUCGUCAACACCGACUACGACAUCAACAUCGUGCAGCUGCCGUUCCGUUACGGCAGCGUCGACGUGUGCGCCAAGUAUAGAAACGUCGAGCAAGCGACUUGGCCCGGUGUCGCGUGUUAAUUUACAAAGCGGAUAUUAUCGAGCCAAGUGGACACGGGGCGACGUUAAAUGACGCGCGGGAUGAUUUUACCAAGCCGACCGUCGCGCGGAAUGAGAUUACCCCCGCGUUGCCGUUGUUCGCAAUAAAGAUUUGUUUCCGUUGGCGCCAACAUUUCGAUCAUUUCUACCUCCCGGCCUCUCGCGGCUAUUUUAAUACGAGCGCGGUCGGUGCGGCACGUGCCAAGGAACAAACGCAUCCGCAUUCCUCCUCCGCGGUGCCUUUCCCGAGGUCUGAUAUUCUGAUUAACGGGGAAAACAAACAUACGACGCCGCAACCGACGAUCGUAAUCUCGUCCCAUUGUCUCGCUCGAUUAACAGCGAAUUCGGUUGCUCGCACUCGGUGCACACUAAGGCUUGUUCGUAGUCAAUUCCUAUAUUUAAGUUCGUCUUAAAUACAAUAAUAGAGAGUUAAGUCAGCAUUUUUAUAUACACACUAAGAAAUAAACUGAUAUGGUCCGAGCAGGACGUGGGUAGCCUGAGGCCGGGUCAACGAUAGGU